GACAAAGUGCAGAGAAGACAAACAAACAAACAAACAAACAGAUGACUUGCCUGAACAAGAGGCAGAAGACUAACUGCGGAGGAAGCGAGAGGCCAAAGAUUAACACUUUUUAAAACAGAGAGAGAGAGGGGGCUAGCGGGUGAAGUUAGCAGGAGGGGAGAGGUAUGAGGGGACAGCUCUUGAAGAAGAAGUCAAUCAUCUCUUUGGUGAUCACUUUCUGCUCUGUGGGGAGUCUGCUGACCACUCUCAUGUUCAACGACAAUAAUGUGGAACCUAACAGACCGCCUCCUCCCACGAAAAGCCCCCCCUGGCCCGCUGACCUCUGUAAAGGCUGCAAGGAGGUCUUCAAAAAAGUAAAAGAGCGUUACUCUAAGACCUGGAAGAAGCAGGAGGACAAUUACCAAAAAUACAGAUUUCAGCUGAGCAGCGAGUGCCAUGGUUCUGACAAGGCCAUCAUUACCCAGGCCAACACUCCAGUGGGAUCCAAGCUCGUGUACGACGGAGAAAAGAAGAAGACCCUCCAGGUGAACCCGGAGAUUUUCAGCACCUUUAUAAAGGAGCAUCCGUUCCCAAAUAAAACAUGGGACACGUGUGCUGUUGUUGGGAACGGAGGGAUCCUGACCAACAGCAGCUGUGGAAAGAUGAUUGAUUCAGCUCAGUUUGUUAUCAGGUGCAACCUACCUCCCUUGGAAAAUGGCUACGAGAAACACGUGGGCAUCAAGACUGACCUUGUGACAGCAAACCCAAGUAUCCUCAUAGAGAAGUUUGGGUCUCUGAUGGGGCGUCGCCGUCCCUUUGUGGAGAGUCUGCGCACCUACGGCAACUCCCUGCUGCUCCUUCCCGCCUUCUCCUACGGCCACAACACUCCUAUAUGCAUGCGGGCCGUCUACAGCAUUGAGGACUUUGAAAGCCCCGUCCGGCCCAUCUUCUUUAACCCUGACUACCUCCAGAAUCUGGCGCUCUUCUGGCGCUCCCAAGGCCUAAAAGGAGAACGACUCAGCACCGGCAUAAUGAUGGUUAGCCUGGCUCUGGAACACUGUGCCAAUGUGCAUCUGUACGGGUUCUGGCCCUUCAGUAAUCACCCACAAGGACUCCAUGCUCUGACUAACCACUACUACGAUAACAGACAAGCUAAAGCAAAGGUCCACGCCAUGCCGGCUGAGUUUGACCUCUUGUUGCGACUGCACAGUCGGGGGCUCAGGCUUCACCUGGGAGAUUGUCAAGCUGGUGGAAAGUAGCUCUCAAAGCCAGGGACAGCUGACAGGACAGGAGCAAGGUGCCUUGUUUGUAGCCCAGUCUUUCAAAUACUUUUGAAUGAAUUGACAGAUCUCUUUUGGCUGAUGACACGGAUUAAGUGUGUCCGAGCAGAAUGGAUUUACAGUAAAUGCUGAGUUGGCUCAUCAGCAGCCAAGACAUUUGUACUGAAUUGAAGAUGCAACAAUCACAAGACUGUAAACAUUAUAGUUUUAUAGUGUAUCUAAAACUGUAUU